CGCGUGCCCUUCCUCUCCGUACCCUCCAAGACUGCUUCUCUAUCGUCUCUUCUCCUAACAGACUUCUAUUUGCUGCUAGAUCUAGCGGCUUUUUGCUUAUCUAUUUUCUUCUGAUGAGCGCAAACCAUGCGCCCGAGACCUAUGUACCGAGGUCCCCCUCGACGUCAUCAGACGACUCCGACGUCGCCUUAUCGAUAGGAAGUAGCAAGAAGACAUCCCCGAGCCAGAGCUUCGAAUUUACAGAGCAAGACCUCUUAAUUAGAGAAAACAAUGUCCCUGAUUCAAGUAAUGGUCGCAAUCUCACAUAUUCGGGCCGAGAUCGGCAUGAACGGGAGCUCUUCAUCACGACCAAUGUACAAGCUGGCACGGCUUUACCACAGGUCGAUGUCACAGAGCAAACCGAAGCCACUAAGGAGGAGCCGAUAUCAUGGCGCUCGCUACCACGGAAAGACCAGCUCUUGAUCUUGACCCUAUCACGUCUUUCAGAGCCACUAACGCAGACCUCACUGGGAGCCUAUCUUUUCUACCAGCUUCAGUCUUUUGAUCCGAGUGCGCCGGAUUCAACGAUAUCAUUCCAAGCAGGUGUUGUUCAGGCUGCAUUCCCUGCAGCACAGUUUCUUACUGCCAUUCUUUGGGGCCGGUUUGCCGAUUCCGAGUAUGGCGGUCGCAAGAGAGUCAUCUGGAUUGGAUUGCUAGGGACAAUGCUCUCGGUCAUUGGAUUUGGAUUCUCCCACAGCUUCCCCGUUGCUGUGUUAUUCAGAUGUAUGGGUGGGAUCUUGAAUGGCAACAUAGGAGUUAUGAGGACAAUGAUCUCCGAGAUCAUCAAAGAGAAGAAAUACCAGUCAAGAGCCUUCAUCAUUCUUCCAAUGACGUUCAAUAUUGGAGUCAUUAUAGGGCCAAUAUUGGGUGGUAUAUUAGCCGACCCUGUAGGAAGUUAUCCAGGCAUCUUCGGUCCAGGAUCAGUUAUUGGGGGCAAAAAUGGCGUAGAGUGGAUGAGGAAAUGGCCCUACGCACUGCCGAACCUUAUGAGCGCAAUCUUCCUCUUAAUAUCCGUAUGCGGUGUUCUCCUCUUUCUUGAAGAGACUAGCGAGAUGGCGAAGCAUAGGCCUGACUAUGGCCUCCGCGUUGGACGAUGGAUACGACGACACAUUUUGCGCCAGAACAUCGCCGACGGGUAUACUGUCCUCGCGGUAGAUGAACCAGGGGAUGUAGAGCUCCAGCAAACACCCGUCUCCGCAUAUCCAGAAACCCUGGGGAUAGUCUCAGACAAACCACUGAUCCGAAGGAAACUUCCCUUUCGCCGGAUAUGGACUCCAAAUCUAAUCAUGACGCUAUCUUCUCACGGCCUCCUCGCAAUGCACGUUGGAACAUUUAACUCCCUCUGGUUUAUCUACCUCUCGGCACCACGAUACGACCCCGUACACCCUCAUCCCAAGAACUUCAAACCACAUGGACUUAUCCACUUCACAGGUGGCCUAGCCCUUCCACCUCCGCGAAUAGGUCUUGCCCUCGCGAUCCUAGGUUUCGUUGGUAUCACGCUACAGUUAUUUCUUUACCCGAAGCUUUCGCAUAGACUGGGGACGGCGAAGAGUUACAGACUCUUCCUACUAUUGUUCCCGAUUACAUACACGCUCGUUCCCUUCUUAAGCACCGUACCCACUUGGUCCAAACCCCCCGCUGGUGUCUCUGGUAUCCUAAUUUGGCUUUGCAUUACCGUUGUUCUAUUUCUGCAAGUUCUCGCCCGCACCUUCGCCCUCCCUUGCGCUACCAUCCUUAUCAACAACUGCUGUCCGCACCCUUCUGUCCUCGGAACUGUGCAUGGCCUAGGACAGUCGGUAAGUAGUUUGACAAGAACUUUUGGGCCGAUUCUAGGGGGUUAUAUAUUUGGCAGGGGAUUAGAUAUCGGAGUUGUGGGAUUAGCGUGGUGGACGUUGGCCUGUGUAGCCGUGGUAGGAAGUGUUGCGGCGAGGUUUGUCAGAGAUGGUGAUGGGCAUGAGAUUCUUUUAGAAGGUGAGGUUAAAGGGGCUGAUGGGGUUGUUAGGAGGGUGGAUUGAGGAGAGAUGUUUUUAUGUUGGCGUGCAAGAAUUUGGAUCGUUUAGGGGGGCGACCCGUGAGGUUUAAGAUUCUUUGUUACCAGAGUACAAGGGAUAACGAUUUUUUAGUUCUCGGGGUUUCUGGGGAGUUCAAGAGGGAUACAGACUAAGCGAAGAGUGUUAUCAAGGAUGCAUACAAAUAUUUUCGUCUCCUUUUUAGACUUAGAUACUUAGCAAUCUAUAAUACAUAUUUGUCGCGUAUACUGAGAGCCUUGGCUGGGGCUCAGAGCCUGGGACUGGGGCUCGGAGCCUGGGACUGGGGGCUCAGAGCCUGGGACGCAGCU